ACUUCACUCAAUAGAGGUACAAAUUGUUGAAAGGCACAAGCAUGUAUACAUUCAAAUAUGAUAAACUAUAUUCCAUAUUGAUCUGCGUCUUCUCUAAUUCUCUCUUCUAUAUUUCAUGUAGAAAAAUCGAGCGGGAAUGGAGAUGCUUCUAUCACAUCGGGUAAUCACGGUGCCCCCGCCUCCUCCUAAAACGGCCUUACUUCACCCAGAGAGCAGUCCUUCUGUGGAUAGCCAGGGGAGGUCGCGGAGGUCAAGCAGGAAAUCUAGGUCACCGAGCCCUCAGAGGACAUCACCAGCCAGGACACAUGAUGGUUUAGAUCCCAUUCAUCCUGCCCUUCCUAUUGUCAAGGUUCCAUCAGACAAGCAAUCUCAUACUGGUACAAUCUUCAGAACACUCAUCUUAGCUAAGUCACCUAACCUCAUCAAAGACAGGAAGAACAACCUUCGAACCUACCGCAAGUGCAUGGUGGGAUCUGAGAUGGUUGAUUGGUUGAUGCAGCAGGGUCAGAUGACGUUAGUAAGGUCGCGACCUCAAGCUAUCGGGAUGUGGCAAGCUCUGCUUGAAGAAGGCGUAAUCACUGAAGUUAACAGAGAGCAUCCCUUUCAAGAUGCCGAGCAUCAAUACCGGUUCCGUGAGGAUGAUCUAGGCAUCACCAGCACUCCAACAUCAUCUCAGAAGAAAGCUGCCGAGGAGGAGCUUCCGGAGAUUGUUGGGAUUCUAGCCAAGGUUGCUCCUGAUGCUAUGAUGAGACUCAUCCUACGCAAACCUCCUCAGGAGCGAAGUGUAGAUGAUUUGGAGAUUAUCUAUGAAGAGCUUCUUCAUAUCAAAGCCUUGGCACAUCUGUCUGGCAUGGUCAAACGUCAACUGACCAGUGUCCUCGUCUUUGAGUGCCAUGAGAAAGCUGGAACUGUCUUAUUCCAUCAAGGAGAUGAGGGCCGCUCCUGGUUCAUCAUCCUGCGAGGAUCAGUCAACGUGGUCAAGUAUGGCAAGGGAGUCGUCUGUACUCUGCAUGAUGGAGAUGACUUUGGCAAACUAGCCUUGGUUAACGAUGCUCCUCGGGCCGCUUCAAUUGUGCUACGAGAAGACAACUGUCAGUUUCUGAGAGUUGAUAAAUAUGACUUCAAUAGGAUACUCAGGGAUGUAGAAGCUAACACUGUGAGGUUAAAGGAACAUGGUCAAGAUAGCUUGGUGCUAGAGAAGAUACCUACAAGCACACAACAUAGUAACAACAAUAAACAUCAUCAUGUCAGCUACAGGUAUUCUGUAAUGGCUGGUGUUCCAGAGAAGAUGUUAGAGCAUCUCUUAGAGACGAGGAUUGAUAGCAAGUAUGAUCCAACAGAUACCUUCCUAGAAGACUUCUUAUUAACACACAUUGUCUUCAUGCCGAGUGAGAAACUAUGUCCAGCACUCCUACAACACUAUCACUCUGAGAGGACAUCAUCUAGAGGCCCAGAGCAAGAGACGAUAGACCACAUUGUCAACAACAAAAGAAGAGUUGUGCAGCUGGUUUGUCUGUGGCAUGUGGUCGCUGGAUAUGCCUUCAAACAAGACACAACCAUCAUGCAGUUUUUAGAGACAUUAUUCUCAGCUGUGUGUGACGACUGUCCAGCCUACCCCAGUCUUCAGGACCCUCUAGCUAGUCUGGAACAGGUCCUAAAAGCUGUGAAGUCCACCAAGGAUUCAGGUUCACAUACAUGGCAGGUACAGACACAGGUAUUAAGUGAAUCAAGAACUCAUCAGGAAGACGAGCUUCGUAGAACACCUAUCAAGGCCAAAGAUGAAACCAUAUUCAAGGUUUAUUGUGCUGACCACACCUACACCACACUACGUGUUCACAUGGAUACCUCUGUGACGAACAUCAUUCAGACUGUCUCAGAGAAGAUGUGUCUAGGAAACGACCUGGUGCUCUGUGAGGUCAAGUCAUCUGGAGAGCGGUUGUCAUUUCACCAGAAGGAUGUAUGCAUAGCAACAAGUUUGAGUUGCAAUGGAAGAAUAUUCAUCACCCUUAGAGAUCACUUAGAUGCCUUGACACCACUGCCUGAACAAGAAGGACCAAGCGAGGGCUCUGUUUCAUUUCUGGAGCCAACCAGUUCUCGAGAGCUUGCCUAUCAGAUGACGAUGUAUGACUGGCAACUCUUUCUCUGUACACAUGAGUGUGAGUUCAUCUAUCACACAUUUGGGAGGCAUAAAUACCGGCGCAUCACAGCUAAUCUAGACGUCUUCCUACGCCGAUUUAAUGAAGUGCAAUCCUGGAUCGUGACUGAGCUCUGUCUGACGUCACAUAUCAGCAAGAGGGUUCACCUUCUCAAGAAAUUCAUCAAAAUAGCUGCCCACUGUAAAGAGUACCAGAAUAUGAACUCCUUCUAUGCUAUUAUCAUGGGACUGAGCCACAUGAGCGUGAGCAGAUUAGCACAGACAUGGGACAAACUUCCCAACAAACUGAAGAGAGUAUUCUCAGAUUUUGAAGCUUUGAUGGACCCAUCGAGAAACCAUCGUGUGUACCGCCUAGCUCUCUCAAAGAUGAGACCUCCUAUCAUACCGUUUAUGCCUCUGCUUAUUAAAGACAUGCUCUUCACUCAUGAGGGGAACAAGACUUACUUUGAAGGUCUCGUCAACUUUGAGAAAAUGCAUCUAGUAGCAUCGAUCAUGAGGGUUGUCAAGUACUGUCGAAGUGAGAACUUCAAACUAGACUCACCUCCAGCAGUUAAGAAUGUCAAAGAGAUCGUGAGUUAUGUCAGGAAUCUUCAAGUGAUUGAUAACACCAAGCGAUUAAUGCAGCUUUCCUACACCCUGGAACCUCCUAAAACCUGAUUUCUACAUUGCUCUUUGAAGACACCAUAGUAUUAAUUAACAGGAUUCAAAUGGCUUCCAACUUCUGAAUACUAUGUUCAGUCAUUGUCAACCUUUUGUAUUCCUUUCAUUUUUAUCAUCUUCCAUGUGCCAUCAUUACCACCACCACCACCACCACCACCAUGCACCACAAUCAUCAUC